AUGACAGCUAUGUUUCUUGGGUUGGCACACAGCCUGUCCCAAUACAGAUUGAAAUUUAGUGCUGAUAAAGUGGACACCAUGAUUGUUCAGGCAAUUUCCCUGUUAGAUGACUUAGAUAAAGAACUAAGCAACUAUAUUAUGCAGUGUAGAGAAUGGUAUGGCUGGCAUUUCCCUGAGUUACGAAAAAUUAUUUCAGAUAAUUUGACAUAUUGCAAGUGUUUACAGAAAGUUGGCGAUAGGAAGAAUUAUGCCUCAGCUCAACUUUCUGAGUAACUGCCAGAGGAGGUUGAAACAGAAGUGAAAGCUGCUGCAGAGAUAUCCAUGGGAACCAAAAUUUCAGAAGAAGAUAUUUGCAACAUUCUGCACCUUUGCACUCAGGUGAUUGAAAUCUCUGAGUAUAGAACUCAACUUUAUGAAUAUCUGCAAAAUCGAAUGAUGGCCAUUGCACCCAAUGUUACAGUCAUGGUUGGGGAAUUAAUUGGAGCACGACUUAUUGCUCAUGCAGGUUCUCUUUUGAAUUUGGCCAAACAUGCAGCUUCUACAGUUCAGAUUCUUGGAGCAGAAAAGUCACUCUUCAGAGCCCUGAAGUCUAGACAAGAUAUGCCUAAGUAUGGUCUCAUUUAUCAUGCUUCACUUGUAGGCCAGACGAGCCCCAAACACAAAGGAAAGAUUUCUCAGAUGCUGGCAGCCAAGACUGUCCUGGCUAUCCGGUACGAUGCCUUUGGUGAGGUUUCCAGCUCUGCAAUGGGAGUCGAGAACAGAGCGAAACUAGAAGCCAGGUUGAGAGCAUUGGAAGAUAGAGGGAUAAGGAAAAUAAGUGAGACAGGAAAAGCAUUAGCGAAAGCAGAAAAAUAUGAACAUAAAAGUGAAGUGAAGAGUUACGAUCCUUCUGGUGACUCCACACUACCAACCUGUUCUAAAAAAUGCAAGAUUGAACAAGUAGACAAAGAGGAUGAAGUUAUUGAAAAGAAGGCCAAAAGGGCCAAGGUUAAAAUUAAAGUUGAAGAAGAAGUAGUAGAAGAUGUAGAAGACACAGAAGAAGAGGUAGUACAAGUUGUAGAAGAACAGGAAACAUCUGUGAAGAAGAAGAAGAAGAAAGACAAAAAGAAACACCUGAUUAACUCCUCUUAA